GGUUCCCCAGCUGAUCAUGUGAUUCCCGCAGGCGGCCGCCUGGCCCUGCGAAAUUUCCCAGCUUGCUGGCCAGCCAGUCAAACUCUCAAACGCCCACGUCCGCCGGCGCGCCGCUAUAAAGCCCGGCCGACCGCGUCGCCACAGCAAACGCACCCAGCGGAUCGCAGUCAUCACUGCAACAGAAACGCGACCGAGCACACGCAAGAGACGAGAAAGGAAGGCGAACCAGCUAGCGCGAGAGAUCGAAGAGGAUGGAAGGGCUGAUCCCGUUCGUGAUCGACGUGAUCAGGAGGAGCAACGGGCGGAGCGGGUACCGCUCCGUCUCGUCGGACGGCGGCAGCUCACGCGGCGGGGGCAGCAGGCGCCACCUCAUCGACUACUCGGAGCUGCCCGACGCCCCCGCUGCCGCGGCGAACGUCGGCGUCGACUGGACGUCCGGCACGCUGCACCGCCGGGCGCGGCCGGAGUACGCGGACACGAUGGCCGGGCGUCGCAACGAGGAGUACGCCAGGCCGGCGUCCGCUGUCGCCGCGGGGCCGGCUUAUCGCCGGAAAUGAGGGGCGACGACGUGCAUGCAGUGCAGUGCAGCCUCUGAACUUUAGGAGGAUUCAUCGUGAGCAUCUGCAGUGUUCAGCGUGUUGGGGCUGCUAGGUUGCUGCUUAAUUAGUUGGCUACGGAUUUGCUCUGUUUGUUAAUUUGUUCUUAACCAAGCAUGUACGUAAUAUAAACAAAGCUGCGAGCUCGUGAGCGUAAAACAAGGAACUCACGGCUCGCAUUCUCGUAUAAGGUCAAUAUAUAUCUCGCCGAUCUCUUUGACUUGUGUAUUCCAAA